UGUGGACAUGGGUGGAGAGCAGAGGCGUGGAGAUAGAGAGACAGGGAGAAAGGGAGGAGCCGAGGGAAUCAGAAAGAGACUGAUCCGGAAAGAAGGGAACGGGAGGGGCUGAGGCUGUUGACAGAUGUUUGUUUUCUUGUAAGUUGAAGUGAGACGGUGAGAGGCAGUUGGAGUUAGGAAUUACGAAUUACACUCUUACCUCCCAACCUCCCAAGACAAAUACCUCUUCAGAUUUCUGUUCAACAAUUGGUCGUUCCUUGAGUUCUUUUCACCCUGGAUCGUGUUUCAACCCGCCUCACGGCCAACAUGGAUAACUUCCAGACCGUCCUGCGUUUCUUCAUGAACCAGAAAGCCACCUUAGGCUACAGCUUCAUGGCUCUCAUGACCAUUGGAGGGGAGAGGGUCUUCUCCAUGGUCUCCUUCCAGUGCCCCUGCAACCACAGCCAGAACUUCGCCUACGGGCUGACCUUCCUGAUGGGCCCGGCGCUGGUCCUGCUCCUGCUGGGUCUGUUCUUCAGCACGCGUCUAUGGCGCCUCUUCACUGGCUGCUGCCUGAACCCCAUGAAGCUCUGUCCCCGGCGGAACAGCGUCGGCUGCAUGAGGGCGGUCGCCAGCAUCUUCACCGGGGCUUGCGUGGCACCAGUCAUGUGGCUGUGUGUGGCUCUGCUCAAUGGGACCUUCUACGAGUGCGCUGUCAGCGGCCUGGAUGAGAACAUAGUGGUGGACAUAUUCUGUAAGAACAAGACCGCAAAGUGCCGGGAGGAGCUGGCGCGCGUGCCCUGCGGACGGUCCAAACUGCCCACCGAGGAGAGUCUGGAGCUGUUACAGAUGUUCAGGGCACAGUCUCAGAUUCUAGGCUGGGUCAUCAUUAUCACAGCAACCUCGGUCGGACUGAUAGGAACCUGUUGCACCAACUGUCGCUCCAGGGUCAGCUACCUGCAGCUAACCUUCUGGAAGCGCUACAUGGAAAAGGAGAGGGAUCAGUUUGAUACCUACGCCACAGACUACGCCUCCAAGCUGGCCGAUCGGAACCUCAAGAGCUUCUUUGAGAACCAGGAGCCGGAGGCCUUCCCCUUUCCCAACCACAAGGCGUGGGAGCAGAUCUCCUCCUUGUACACCUUCUCCGACAGCGAGCAGUGCUACAGCACCCUGCAGAGAUAUGUGGAGCGCGUGGACAAAGACUACAACUCGGAGAACAGACCAGUCAUGUGCAAGACGGACGUGGAAGCGUAGGAAGUGUGAUGUCAAAACAAAACAUUGGUGCUUGGGCACAUAAUAAGCAACAGUAUAACUUGUUUUGUAAGAAGGAUGACCAAUAACACUAGCAACAUGCAUAUGAGCACAUAUUACUUCUGUGCACUUUUUUCAUCGUUGCCCAACAUUAUUAAUAUAUGGCCCAGGAAAACAAUUCUCACAAAACACCCUGUACUAGUAGGGCCACUCAGGGAAACCACAGUUAUUAACAUAGAAUGCUGUCACUGCAGAAGUGAUGAAACAAUGACAUCCUGUCUGCCAGCAGGAAACAAACGUGUGCUUCAUAGACCUCUUAACAGCACAUUUUUAACUAACCACUGCAACAACAACACAUUGACCAUUACGUUUUUAGGUCUCUGACACAGAGUCCUGUCUUUGUCUGCUGUAAUCUCUUCUGUGAUUGGUCUAACCACUGCUUAUCUCCUCUGUGUCUCUGUGGCAGUCCAUCUAUGUCAUUCAUAAAUUAUUGAUUUGCUGGAUGGUUGUUAUGCUAUUGGGAUACUAUAGAUUGAGCAACAUCAUAAAGUACAAAAUGUUGUAUUCACUUUUUUGGGUAAACACAUACAUUGUACAAAAGUUUCUGGAAAGGCGUAACCAAGAAUGAUAAUCCUGUUUUCCAUGUCAUGUUUGCAAACAGAGGGAUGUUUUGCGCAUACAAACAUUUUUUUAGAAAGCUGUCUUUCAGUAUGACAACAAAUAAAAAAAUUCACAGUA